ACUGGAUGCCCAGCCCUCAGUGUACAAACUCAAGUAUGCAAGAAAUACAUCUUUAUUCUUUUAUGAAUCUACCUAAUUUAUAUGUUGGAAGGUGUCAGCAAUGAAUUUCAUCAUUUUGGUAUUUCUCUACCUUUAAAGAUAUGUUUACAUUUGGGGUGGGAUGAAGGUUUGGUGGAGGGGAGGGUGGUUAGGUUGGGCCAAGGUAUUGGGAAAUCCAUUUGUUCCUCAUGUCAGCUGUUUGAGGAGGCACCAACCCAGAUGUCCACAGUUCCUUCUGGCCUUCCUUUACCGAUACUGAUGCACCUGUGCCUCCUUCCUGUUUACAUGGCCCAUUUGUGCCCAGCAUCUCCCUGCUAUUUUGGGGCCACUCCAGGGUCUGGGAAGUUCUGUAGGCUUAUAACAUACAGUCAUUCUUCUCCCCAACUUGCUGCCUCCCUGAGACACAGAGGUAGAGGAGUAGGAAAGGACCUACCCUACCCAGGCCUUUGCCCUGUCACUUUUCAUCCAUCCUUCUUCCCACCAGUGGAGGGAUGUGUUUCUAGUCUUCCAGGGAAGCUCCUCUGUCCUCAAACCAUUUUCUUCCAAAUACUUUGGCUUUAUUCCAAAUCCUCUCUAGUCCUCUGAGAUUUUUUUAUAACACAAAACACAACUUACAGAAGUUGUGUUGUUGUUUUGCUGUUUAUCUUGUCACAUUAUUUCUCUACCUUGAGGCAAUAGGACAAGGGCCU